AGUCCCCAACCCCCACCCUGACACAUGUUCAACAUCCUCUGGGCACGGGCGGCACAGAGCACCGAGACACAGCUGAGAAUUAAAGAGAGAGAGCGCUCAGUGAAGUGGAAAUUUGUGUGAGCAUCAGAAAAGGACAGAAAUAGAGCGAUAAAGCAGUGAAUUAAGCAGAGGCAGGCAGAGAGGGGGGAGGAGGAGAAAUGGAGACGGUCUUUGAGUGAGGCGGAGAUGCUGCGUGCAGGAGAGAUCCUCUCGGGGCUGAGAGCCUCCGUCUUGUUUUGUGGACGUGGAUUUGCUCCCAUCUGAGCCUUGGUGGAAUUCGUUGCACAUCUGCAGACGGAGGAUGGGACUGUGGCUGGUCGUGAGGAUCCAUCUUGGCCUGCGAUUUCUGCAUCCUUCCCUGUGAGGAUGGCUGGAACGGCACUGACCCAGAUUGUGGAAUCGUGGUUGUUUGCCGAGCUCCGCUCCUCCUCCGAUCUGCCAAUGUGAAGGUGUGUGAUGGAUCCCUGCAGAGACCUCUCAGCCUGCUGACUCUGCUGAUAUUUGUCUCCACGGAUACACAGGCUACGCCACAGAGUCUGAGCCAUAAGCAUAAUCCUCAGCUGGAGAGCAGAACAUCUGAGUUUGGAGAGAAGGGAGAGGGGGAAAGUCUCAGCAGGGUGGACGGCAGAUGGUGACACUGCAGCAGCACUUCUCCAGCAUGGAGGAGACUGUGAGAACUCUGCUACAGAACCAGGACACAAUGGAGGGGCCCAAAGUGGAUCCAUUGGAUUUAAUGAAAGCAUACAAGGAUAAACUCCUGGAGGAAAUGUGGAAGCAGCAGGACAGUCUGGAGGGUCCCACAGCCACAGCGGCAGAGAUGACUGCCUCACCAGAGGCUGGCGGUGGAUCAGAAGGAAACUCAGAGGACAGCAAUCCCCUGCUCGAGCGCCUCCGAGCACUAGAGGCGGAGAACUCUGCUUUGUCACUGGAAAAUGACAACCAGAGAAAGCAGUAUGAACGCUGUUUGGAUGAGGUGGCUAACCAGGUGGUCCAGGCGCUCCUCACACAAAAGGACUUGAAAGAGGAGUGCGUGAAGCUGCGGACCCGCGUGUUUGACUUGGAGCAACAGAACCGAAUACUGAGUGUGCUGUUUCAACAACGUGUCAAAAUGUCUGCUGUUCCCAUCUCCCAGGAGGGCCAAAGGAACGGAAAAGCCGGCAUUCCUUCAGGAAGGUGGCCGAGCCUGCUGAGCCUCACAUGCCCCCGCAGCAGCGGAAGCGGCAGUAGCAGUGAGCUGUCACUGUCCAGUGCUUGCAGUGAAUUCUCCACUGGCUCCCACACUUGGGCAGAAGGACGUGGCUCCUCUAAGCAAAGUGCUUCAAGCCGGGACAAACGGUUGAGUAAUGGCUCUGUAUCCAGCAAUCAUUCUGCACCCACUGAGCAAAAAGACCUUGGCUGGAAGGAGGGGCAUAUAUUGAAAGGACUAAAACGUCUUCAAAUGAGCAACUCCAAGGAUGCAUCCUUACUUGCAUCUGAACCACACUGCAAAGACUGCAUGACCUCAAAUGAGGGUAUAUAUUCUCUUGGUGUUAAGUGUGGACAACAAGGAAUUGUAGCUAAGCAGGGAGUCCCUUCAAACAAACCUCUUAAGGGUAAAUCAGAGGCUACCACUCUGGACUCUGAUGAUCCAGAUGAGGACUCUGCAAGGGAGUCCAGAGAUAAACCACUGAAGGAGCGUCUUUGUUUGGGCAAAUUGGAUCUUGGGAAUAAAGACAACUUUCAAGAAGACUCCUUGGGACGUUCAGGCACUUCUGGCCUUUUCCCAUCACCUGGAUCUGAUAAGUUCUUAUUUUUGGAGGGCCCAUCAGUGAAACUUGGUGUGAGCCCAUCUGACAGCCUUACACAUCUGGAAGAAACUAACACAAACUCAUUGGAGAAGCACAGGACAUCAAGUCUAAACUUCAGUGACAGAAACAAUAACCAGGAACGCUACAGUGAGCGCAAAUCCAGACUUGAUGAUAACAAAAGACAACAAGAAAUCAACUCACACAAGCAAGUGGAAGCAGUCUCAAAUGGUGUGGACUUGUCUAUUCAGCAUGCUGCCAUGAGAGCUCUGAGCAGCAUGAAUGAUUCAAGACAGCGAAGCUCCUCAGUUGAGGUUCCUCACUGCAGAGAGGAAGCUCAUCAAGCUGAAAGUGAAACCAAGAAUUCCACCAUCUUGGAGUCUCCGCAGAGGAAGCCAUUGCCCCCGCUGUGUGACUCUGCAAGGAAAGCUUUCAUUCUCCGGAGCAAAAGCGCAGAUGGAGGGCAAGAAAAACUUAAGCAUUCUCCUCUACACCAAAAGCUUAUAAAAGGUCAAAGGACAAAAGGACAGACAAACCAAAACUCUUCAGGACAUAGUGUUUCUAGCAAAAGGACAAAUGUCAAUAAACCCUAUGGCUCUUGUCAGGAAACAUUGUCUAAAUCUGAGGAAGAUGAAGAUUCUACAAUAUCAUCAAGUUCUAAGUCUGCUGAGAAUAUACAACAGGGGUCUCCUCUUGCAUCUCCUGUGAAACAAUCAAAGGUUGUCAAGACUUCAGGCAUCAACGAGGGCUCAAAAAGUCCAGCAAGGUCUUCUUUGCACAUCAGUAGGCUCUCGAGUAGUGACUCUGUGGAGGAAAGCAUCUACGACAAUUUACCCUGCUCACCAAGAAAACAGAGGCGCCAAGACCAGCACGGUGAAGUCUCACAAACUGAGCCUAGAUCCCCCUCCCCACCUCCCACCCCAGGUCAAAGUACUUCCAUAAUACUUACAUCCAACUCUGACAACAAAAAUCAAAAGUCAUCUGGAAAACAGACACCAACAGCAAUGAAAACACAACCAAAUGAGUUCUUCUCUUCAUCACAAGCUCAAAUUCCUGACCCACUAAAAGACAAUCAACAAACAGCUCAACAAAGAGGUGCUGAAUGCAAACCUCUGAAAGACAUACCUGCCAAUAUUAGCCAUACCCACAAGCCACCUGUCCCCAUUCAAGAAUCCCAGCCUCCUGAGUCAGUAUGUACUCACAGAAAUGCCCCAUGUCUUGGAGAAAAUGCAUCUGCUGCAAUGUUUCCCCAUCCAAGCAUCCUUCAAAGAUCCCAACAGAGCAUUAGUGAGCCAAAGCUUUCAGAAUUCAUGCCACCAGUAUACUCCAACAUAUACUACCACGGAAAUGCCCACAAUCCACCAUCUUCCUCAUCGAGACCUAUGAAAAGGACUUUCCCUGCUAAUGCUAAAUCUCAUGAAACUAUUGCUGGACAAGACACAAGUACCUUCCUUGUUUUUGGAAGACAGCACAAAGAUGACCUGAAAAGUGGGCAGACCUUUCAGACUUUUACUUGUGACCCCCAAGCGGCACACGACUGUGGGGCACAUGAUAAAGCUCACAGAAAGAUUGAGACUCGUUGUAGUUCCCUGGACUCUGAGCCCGUUCGACCUGUUGCCACAGACAGCAGUAUGGUGCUAGACUGGGGAUUUGAUGAGGAAGGUUGGCUGUUCAAACGCUCUGUGUCUGUUUCCACCAGACCUAUUUUCAAACCUGUAAUGGGCAUGAACGGUGCAAAAGCUCGCAGUCAGAGCUUUGGUGCACGCUACAUGGACCGACCAAGCUUCAAUAGAUCCGGAAAGGUUCGUACUCAGAUCAAAACACACUCUGGGAGCUCUUUGAAUUCUCUUGGGGAUGUCCUUCCUGGUAGCAUGAGUUGUUCCAGCAGCUACCAUUGUCCAAUGAAUAGAUCCCUUUUGAACAACUUUCUGAUUGAAGAGGGACUGACUGUUCCUACACACUUGGGUUCCUCCAGUGAAAGGCUUCAGAGCCUGAAACUCCAACGAGAGCAAGCUAGGCGGCUUCAGAUUGAGCAACAAUUUUCUAGCGCAUUUGGAGAGCCAGUCUCAGAAGAACCAGAGAGACAAAGUACCAUAACCACCAUCGAAGAGAAAGUUAUGCUUGGAAUUGAGGAGAACUUGCACAAAUCUCAGGAACAAGAAAGAACAAAUGAAAUCAAGCAAAAGUCUGGCUCAAGUCUCGCAAAUUGGUUUGGUUUUCGCAAAAGUAAGCUGCCGGCACCAAGUAGCAAAAAAGCCGAACCACUCAAAGUCAAAGAGGAAAAACGGGAGCAAAAAAUUACAUCACUUCUUGGAGGGAAGAAUACGAAGUCUGACAAAAAGAAAGAAAGAAGGAAGAGUGAUGGAAAAGACAGCUCUGUUGGAAGGAGAGAGUCUCAUGAUGCAGUGAGGGCAUGCAUCUCAAUGCCCUGUCCCGGAAUGUCUCUGAGUGAAAUUCAGGGACACUCCAACGUCAUCGGGGACCCAAAGUUGCAGAUGAGUCUGAGAGCUGAUGAUGACAAAGGAUCCACGGCGAAGAACGUCCCCAAAGAUGCUGUAAUAGGCUCUGGUUGCAAGACGCGAACAUUGGAUAGUGGAAUCGGGACCAUCCCUCUCCCAGAAUCCUGUUCCUUCUUCUCCUCCAUUCUGCACCUCCUGCCUAAAUCCUCCUCAACCCCAGAGCAGUCCCUCAUAUCUCCCAGUGUCCCUGGUUCCUCCAGCAAGGAUGUGUCUCCUUCCCCGUUACCCCGAUGGAGAGUACCCUCCGGCUUUAAGGACAGCAGUCAUGCAGGGGUGCCCAGCUCCAUGUCUGACUCCUCCAUGACCCAUAUCCCGUCAGUGCCUUUUCCCUCUGUGGCCUUUCUCCAGCCCCUCCAACCCUCGUCUGAACCCUUUUUAACCACUGCCAGUUUGUGUGAUUCCCAAAGCAGGCUGUCCAGGCCGACACAAGGUGGAGUGGAGCCAAAGAAAAUGACUAACAUCAAAUCGAAAGGACAUGUCACUCCAGGUCAACAGAAAGACCAGACCAGGCUUCAGCUUGCCAACUAGAAACUGAAGCUGUGAGAGCUGGCUGGAAGAAGAAAAGAAGAAAUCGAUUAUCUCUCUACCAGAUAUAGAAGAUCCAUAAAAAUCCUACACUUUAAACGUGGUGUCUGCGUGUGAGGAUUAACACCCAAGAAUGAACAGCAUGUGGCAUUGGAGGCUCCCUUGCAGUGUGAAGAUACGGUGUGGAGUCAAGCUCUCCGGCAAACAUUUAUGGAAGCCCACACCUUUCUGGCAACAGCUGUGAACAACAAACUGAACCUCUAAAUGUGCGACCCCAGACACUGACAGACAAUGUUUCUGCUGUGUACAUACCUCUUCAUCAACUUAUAUGUAGCUACUUUCCUUUCUAACCAGCGAAUGAGGAGUGCAUGUGAGCCAAACAUAUCACUCGGUCAGCUGAAGCAUCCACGGCAUGAGAGCAGCAGCUGCAUCAAAGCUCCUUCAGUUUGAGUUUGUGGACCACAUGAUCACAUGUUUGCAUCUGGUGGAAUCAUUUAUUGAUGUUUAUUUAUUAAGUGUAAAGGAACGCAUUUAGGAUAACAUGAGGCACGCCAGAAACAAAUAAUUUAAAGAAAAACUGCCAGGAUCUUAAACUGAAUGCAAUAAAAUCUUUUUUUUUAACUGAGUUUCAAAAUUCAACAACUCAGUUCAAGAAGAAAAUCCAAACAGAAGCUAGAUUAAGCAAUAAUGGCAGAAAAAAAUCAUAAAACAAUAAUUAAAGGCAUUUAAAGCAUAAACUCCUUGCUUAACCAACAGAAAAAGCUUGUAAUGUUAUUGAUUCCUGGGGUAGAAACUUUAUUAAUUUAUAACAAUUUUGGGAGACUGUUUUUUUAAUAUUAUUAUUCUUUUAAAUAAAGAAAAAUGAAAAAGAAUAAAGCUAAAAUAUUUUUAGGAGGUGAUGGAGUAUGAAUAAUGAUAAGGCCAUCAAGCAUUAAUGUAACCUGAAACAAUUAAACAGAAUCUCAAAUGUAUGAAGGUAUUUAUGUGUAGCUAAUAUUGCUGAGUAUUGCCAAUAAUUUCCAGAAAUUCCAAUUUAAUUCAUUUUUUUUUCUAUUCUUUUGAACUACCCAAUUCAAUUUGGUUUUGAGUUUACACAUUAAGUGUCUCAAACAGGCAGACAGCUGGUUCCAUGUGCAGCAGGUUUAUUAGUUCAGACAGCAACUAAGCACAGGCAAAAGUUCACAAAGCUGAGUCAGGGUCAGCAGAGGUCAAUCACGAGCAUGGGAUCACCCAAGAAGAGACUAUAGCUGUCAGAGUCCAGGCGAGGGUCUGGGCAGGCAGCAGGCAAUCACAUUAAAGCAGGGUCAAAAAUGGAACGCUCGGUAAUGCAGGCAGGGUAACACAAACAAUACUUCACACUGAGUGAGGCUCUGUGCAGCGCUUAAGUGUCCUGUGGGUAAUUGGUAAAUGAGAGACUUCUGAGCAGCAUCCAGGAAUUGUGCGCUGGGGUUUCUGGGAGAUGUAGUGCAGUCGGUACUCUGGAGAUGUUCCCCACUGGUGACUAGAGAGCACUGACUCCUGGCAUUUAUACACAUUUGUUUAGAAAUCCAUUAAUGAUUUAUAUAUGUUUUGAAGAUUUUCAUAUUAAUCUGAUACAGUUCACAUACUGUAAAAUAUAUUAGUGAAUAGAUGAAUUUAUUACUGAUCAGAUUGUUAAAACCAAACAGUGUUACAUUGAUUCUCAAAUGGAGAGGCUGCAAAAAUUGUUCUGUUUCUCCUGGAGGGAGUUUCAGUUUGGACACUAGGUGGCAAUCGCGCUACAUAAUUACACCUUAUUCCAGAAGAAGAAGAAAGAAUAAGCAAAAAAAAAACAAAAAAAGAAUUCACAUGGUUACUUUAGAAAAUUAUUUCCUUAAAAGAGUUUGGAAAAUUGAUGCCUGUGAGUAAUUAAAGAUAUUACAUUUAGUCCACAAAGUAUUUUUAGGUCGACAGAGCGUUAGCGUUAGCCGUCCUAUUGGAAAUCCCAUUAUAUGUUAGCAUCAAGCUAGCAGACUUUAGCAUUAUGGGUUAGAUUGAUCUCUACUUUUAUGGAUCAGUUAUUGAUCUAUUAAGCUUAGACUGAUUAAUCGAUUUUAUCAACCCAGCCCUAGUAGCCAGGUAAAAAAGAAAACAAAUUGUUAAUAACAUCUUCAAAUAUAAAACUUGUUAAGUACAAAAAAUAAAUCUGAAAAAUGCACUUUGAUUGUUACAGAUGAGUUCUCCUUUAGAAGUUGACAAAAACACUGGAUUUAUGUUGGAGCCUACAACUAAAAUAAAUAUGAAGUUUGUCAAAAGUAUCUUAAUGGAAAUUAAUGCUUUCUACUCACAAAUCAUUUGUACUAUAUCAAAAAAACAUUGAGCAAAAAGCAGUAAUUUUAGAGCAGCUUAUUUUACAUCAAGUUUUGUCAUUCAUGCAUUUUCUGUUGUUGCUUUAUCCGGUUCAGUCAUAGAGGGCCUGUAGCAGUUGAUAUCUGUAAAGAUAAAGCUCAGUAAAUCCAAAAUGGUACAUAAUAGGUAUAUAUUUUUUCUAAAUAGGGGUGAGAUCAGCAAUCAAAAAGUCUCCAAUAAUUAUUUUGUUUGUUUUUGCCACACAGUUCGGAUCACCGAGUACCUUUAAUGAACCAAAAGUAAUACAACUGCUUUCAAGACGUACAUUGUAAUUCCCAGUAUGUGCAUGUUAAAAAUACUAAUUAAAAAUAUUAAAGUUUAAUAUAGAUGUCAUAGUUUUGAGCUGGCAUUAGUGGGAAUCUCAUCAAACAUGUUGAUCUGUUUGGAGCAUAUCUUGUGUACAGCACUAACUGUUGGAUGCCUUUCUGAACCUGACCAGGUAAUGUGAUUCUGUCAUGUGUGCACUAGCAAUUCUAAGAUGUCCUCUGUUAAUCGUAACAAUGGUAAUUUCCGUAUGCAUGCAGCAAGCUGGGUUUGUCCAUAAAAAUCUGAUAUCAUAACCAUGAACUUUGUUGCAAGUAAGCAAGCACAUUUUUCUCUACAAAUCUUGACUUUGGUAAAUAUCUCACAACAUUUUAUUGCUCUGAGUGUUUCUUUUCAUCUAAAGAGUAUUGUCUUUUUUAUUUCAUCUAGAAUUUUCUAUAUUUCCACAGUAAUGACAUCAAGACAAAGUGUUUUGCAUGCACCUUUAGUUAAAGAGGAUCUAGUCAGAGCAUAGUGGACGUUGUUUUACUAGCUCAGGGAAAAUACCAAUUAUUGUCUGUGAUAGAUGCUGUGGAUUAAAUAAGUACACUGCACUUUCAAUAAGGCUAACUACUUAUUUAAGCAAAUGCACCAGGUGUCAUUGCUUCAGCUUAGAGUAGAAUCAGUAUCUCCCUCUUGUCAGAUCAGUCUUUCUGUUGUUGUUUUCUAUAACUGCUUUGUGUCAUAACUGCAUUCCCACAUGUUUAGCAAUUUGAGCUGCAUUUCCCUGCCACACCUUCGUCUCUGCUUCUCAUGUGUACAUAUUUGCCUGAAUGCAUAUUGCCAAACUGCUCAUGACAUGUAAAAACCGAAUGCAACUACAUCUCAACAUCAGACUCAUCGUUGUGACUAUAGCCAUAUUUUUUUGGAAAACACUUGAGACAGUUUACAGGUUUAAGCACUGUAGCAUUGCACACUGGUUAGUCUUGUUAUUCUACUUUAUUUACCUCUUCUUCCAUUAUGCACUUGCGACACGUUCUGAAGGAAGUAUCUGUAAAAACUGUUUACAGCAAUAGCAACACGUAGGUGUAUAAAAAUGAAAAGGAACACGGGUGAGGGGGAGCAUCAGGGGACAGACGUACUGAGCUGAUACGGGUAGGCGGAGCAUCUGUAUAUUAAAAAAUGGCUUCACUUUCACAAGAGUGUUGUAUUUUUCUAAAAAAAAAAAAAAAAGGUACUUUAAUUUCUGUGUUUCUAUUAGGCACUGAUAAAUGUAUCGGUUUAUUGCACGUAUUGUUUCUCACUUUCACUCUAACUGUCCUAAAUGUUUUUCCAUUUCAGAAUCCAGUUAAAACCGUGAUGUUCUCGUGUUAAAGUCGCCUAUAGUGUGAACUCAUAAUUGUUUACUACCAAUAUUCUUUGUUUUAUGUCAAAAACAGAAAAAAAUAAACUAUUUCAAUACUUA